UAAAGUAAAUAACUGAGGUGCCACAGCUGCGCGCGCCAAGGCAAUGAGAAAACAGCUCGCGCUUUCACUCGGUACAUUUUCGCGCGCGAAACGUCUCGAGCUUACUGAGGGAGACGGAAAACGUAUGCUAAAGUACAGCAAAUAUUACAUUUAACAAUUACAAGUAGCGUUUCUGAUUAGAUGACUUGAUCAAUUACGAUGGAAUUUGGUGUAGGCCACGAGGACGUAGUUACAACAGAACCGGAGAGUGAAGAAGCAGAUGAGAAGUUUUACAUGAAUCGUCUGAUGUUGGGUUCAGCAGGAGAACAUUGUAGAGAACAUUGUACUCCACCUCUUCACACUCCUCCAUGGUCUUGUUCUCACUUCGGAAUUUCUCCAGAGAUUGGUCUUUUGCCUGAGAGAGGGUUAAGGAGGCCAGCUGCUAGCAGUCAGAUUAGGGACAGUCCAUUGACAGCCUUUUUAAGUCAGAACAACACUGUUUGCGAGAACGAGGAGUCAACAAAAAUUGAUCAAUCAAACAGGAUCCCAGUGACUGUGGGAAUGACUUCAAAAUCUUCAAAAAACAAUACAGAUGCCAACCAUCUUCAGCCAUACCCUGUUACCUCAAUUCAACAUCCCAAAUGUCAGUUCACAAAUGGUCUGUCACAGUAUGCCUGCAGUGGACCAAGUUCAGUAAGCAGUCAGAGAAGUGUAAGAAAACAUGAACGGGGAAUGUCUAAAAUAAAAAAGGACAAAGGCAGCAUUUCUAAACACAGGUCAAAGGAGCCAGUGCGCAGGAAUUUAUCUUCUAAAAGUGGUGAGAUUGAAAAGAAUGCUGUCUUAUCUCAUCUGUCCACAAGAGGUCAGCAGAGACCAGUAACAGGCAUUUGUGGUAGAGCAAUUAAAAAACCAACAAGUAGCAAACGAAAAACCUUAAGCUUUCAGAGCAUCCAUAAACGAAACAAAUUUGGAGAGACACACCUCCAUCUUGCUGUGAUGAAAGGAGAUCUUCAGUCUGUGAAGGACAUAAUUGAAGUUGGUGCCUCUGUCAAUCUGGCAGAUAAUGCAGGAUGGACGCCACUUCAUGAAGCAGUAUUGGGCCAUAAUUACAAGGUUGCAGAAACCCUUAUUAAAGCUGGAGCUCUAGUCAAUUCUGUAGGCCUUGAAGGAAUCACUCCUUUACAGGAUGCAGUACACCUUGGUGACUUUAAGCUUGUUCAUCUGCUGUUAAAGUGGGGAGCUGAUCCGUUAUUGAAGAAUCAGAAGGGAGACAAUGCCUUUGACCUCAGUCAAGACAGCAAUAUAGAGAAACUGCUGAGGCAAUAUGCUGCUAAGGCCUGUAGAAAAACAAGACAAAAAGAACAGAAGACCAGUGAAGCUGAAGUUAGUUUAGCUAUUUGUCCAAACACAGAGGAUACCACGAAAGAAUAUGACACAAGUCAUGAAGUAAAAUCAUCAGCCCAAAUGUUGCCCCAAAUAAGAGACCCAACAAAAGUCUCUUUAGCUGUUCAAGAGCGAGAGUCUCUAGGAUCUGACACCAAAUCUUGCCCAGACAGUGAUCCUGGCAGUGAUAUCACUGUGGAUUACACCAAGACUCCACCAUCACCUGAAAACUGGGCUUUAAAUGCUACUCAGGAUUACUGUGGAGUCACAGACCGAGUAGUUGGUGAAACUAUAAUGGAAAAUGACACCACCAUAAAUGAGGAGCUUAUUGUAAAUCAGAGUUUGGUUUCAGGUGCAAAUGAAAUAAAACUAAAUCAGUGGAAAGAUUUGUGCAAGGAGACCACUGAUGAUACUGUCUUGGGUGUUUCUGAAGGCGAUAUUGUGGAGGAGAGCAAUUCUGGAGUCGCCAAAAAAAGGAUGCGAAGAAUGACAAUGGCGAGCGAUCAAAAAUUCUUAGAUUACUUGCUCAACUUUGAUCUGAACAGUGUCUCUGUUGUAAACACUGAAAUUGGAAGUAUGAAAAAUGGAGUUACUACACUGAACAAAAAUGUAUGUAAGACUCUCUCUUCAAAUCCUACUCUGUGUGAAGAUACAUAUCUCUCACAUGCUCCAAGUAACUUUGAUCAGGAAUGUAGUAUUCCUGUACUAACAUCCUGCCAAAUUGGAGUAAGUGAAUCAUGUGCAGAUAAGCAAUCUUUACCAUCAGAAGAAUCUUCUGAAUCGAUCGCAUCUCAGUCUCUACUUAUCGGGUUAAUUCAUGACCAUACCUACAGUCCUCAACCUCAGGUGGGUUUAAUGAUGAUAGGGCAGUUAAAACCAACCACUGAGCAGCUAAAACUUGUUCAUUCAAUUAAUCAAAAACAAAAAGAAACAUUUUUGCCACUACCCAACUUUGACAGUAACACUGUUGCCUCAAAAUGGUUUAAAAGCAGUACAUACACUCUAAACUGUGUUGAAAAUGGAGAAGUGAUUGUAGGAUCCAAAGGAAACAUAUUCACUGAAGUGUUCCCUGCAGAUCAUUGUCAGAAUAAUGACUCAGAUGAAUCCAUCAAACAACCACAGAAAAAAAAGGAUGAUGAAGUAACCCUGGUUUCAUUUUGUCAUCGUCCAGUCAGUUCUGCAGACAUUCAGGGCAUUAUAUGCAAUGAGAGAACCUGUGCUAGCACAUCAGUGUCAAAAGUACUUGACAUCACCACUCUAGCUGGUACCCUAGAAUUGGAAGCUAGCCCUUUAUGUGAGGAAAAACAACUUAUAUAUAGCACGCCAAGCAGUAAAAAGCCAAAAGAUAUUGAAAUCAAUAUUGAUAGUAGUAGAAGGAUUCCCCCAGAUGCUAAUAUUCUUACAGUCUCAUUAGCUUCAGUUUGUGCCAAAGAUGGUAAUACUGCUGUUGAAAAUGAUGAUGUUAAAAGUUCUGCAGAUUCAGACUGCGCUAUGAUUGAAGAGACGGAACAGUUAGAAAUCACCUACAAGGAUAGAGAGGACAUGAUAUUUCAAACAAGGUUAAAUCCUGCCCCAGUAAUAAGCACUUAUGAGGGAGAAAAUCAGGACAAGCAGCACGACUCAUGUGAAAUGGGUAAAGAGCAUAGCAGUGGAGAACCAACAGAGAGCACAACUGAUCCAUUGAACACAGAGAGCUCUGUCAGCAUGUUGACAGAUUUGUCCCAGAAGGCCUUAUGUAUACUUCCAACACCAGAUAACAAUCAGUGUACAGAGAGUGCAGGACAAGUUGCUCUUCAUAAAGUUGUGGAAAAUGAAGAAGCCUCAUAUGCUGUUAAAAUGAGCCAGCGCAAAAAGAAGCAAUCGAAACAUAAACUCGAGACAACGACUAUCCUCACUGACAUGCUUAAUGCAGUUACAAAGCCAGCUAAAAUCUGUAAGUGGAGAAACAUUCACAGAAAGAAUUUUUGGGGAGAGACUCUACUCCAUCAUGCCUGCAAGAGAGGAAACCUACCAGAGGUUAAAAGGCUCAUUAAAGCCGGAAUAAACUUUAAUAUUGCUGACAAUGCAGGAUGGACAGCUCUACAUGAGGCCUGUGUUAAAGGUUAUCCAGAUGUAGUGAAGGAACUUUUGCGUGUAGGUGCAAAUGUUACUAGCAGGGGACCAGAAGGAUUCACUCCUCUCCAUGAUGCUGUUGUGUCGGGUGAAUAUGAGGUCGUGUUGCUUCUUCUUCAGUAUGGCUCAAAUCCUCAUGAUAAGAAUUCACACGGACAGAGUGCACUGGACCUUGCAAAACAUGAAAUCAUCAAAGAGCUGCUAUUGACAUUCAGAGAACCUCCUGUUGUAUCUGGGAAACCAAAUGAAUCUUUUAAACAAGAUUCUGAAAUUUCACAAGAUAAUCAAGUUCACAGACAACCCAGACAACCAACUUCCUCUUACAGGAGAGAUGAUAAGAGGAACACUGCAGGAAGCAGUGCUGGUCCUGCAAAUAAUUCUGUUGGUCAGCUACAAGCCACAAAGGCAACACCCAUAGAGGUGGUAUCGAAGCAGACAGGAGCAUUAAGAAAUGAAACUCUUAUGCGCAUCACUUCCAUCCGACUGAUUACUACGGAAGAGUUCCUGCCAUCUUACAUGAUGGACAGAUAUUGGGAUUCAUUCAUGAACAAUGAUGACUGGGUCUUUUAAAUGCUUGUUAGUUUAUAAAGUUUAUAAUAACAUAAAGUUUUUUUUGAUAUGCAAUAUAUUUGUUUAAAAAAGUCUAUUAACACUUUUUUUGGAAUGUAAUGAAAGAGAUUUGAUAAUUA